AGUCCAAGACCGGAGUCGGCGACGUUGGCCACACCGAGGGAGAAGAAGGGCGGGCGAGCGAGCGAGAGCGAGAGCGAGAGAGCUCGUAGGCGGCCGCGGUGAAGGUGAUCGCGAAACCCUCAAAACCCUAUCUAUUACGGUACUCCUUUCCGUAACCCUCGCCAUUUCUCCUCCUCCGAUCUUUCCUUCUUCGCCAUGUUCGCCGAAUCCGAUCCCCUCAAGGACUCCACUCCGAAUCCCCAGCCCACCCUUCCCAGCCGUAACCCUCUCGAUCUUGAGGCCUCGCCGGCGAAGCCCCACCUUUUCCGGGACGCCGCCGCCGAGUCGCCACCCACGAAGCCCGGCGCAUCCUCCGCCCCCCAGGAGCUCACCCUCAGCUACCUUUGCGACAACAAUAAGCUCGGAGCCUCCGCCGCCCAGGAAAAGGAGGGCCGUAGCGCCGAUCUUUUUGUUUCCCUUGAGAAAUCCCGGUUGAAGGGCAAGGAGAUCGCGCCGGAUCCCUCGGAAGAUGAAGAUCGUCGGUGCGUCGAGCGGGACUUCCUCCAAUUGACCGGUGGCAAGCUGUCCGCGAAGAGGGAGGCGCCCGAGGGGUUCGGCGAGGGCGAUGGCCGCGAGAAGAAGGUCAAGAUCGAGACUCUGAACCUCUCCCUUGCCCCGCCCAACCUUUCCUUGUCGCUCAACUCUGCUAUCCCGGCAACGAAUGGGGCCGCUGCGGCUGCCACACCAGGAGUUCCUGUUUCGGUGGUUCCUCCGAAGACGACUUACAGUAACAGCAUGCGAGCUGCAAAUUCGGAGGAUUAUGCCCCCUCGCUCUCGUACUCGUGCUCCGUCCCAUUCUCGCACAACCCCAGCUGCUCCCUGACGCGAAACUCCACCGAGAAUUACGAGUUCUCAAGGGGGGAAAACGAUAAGAUUUGGUACGCUGGAGAGGGGACAAAUGGGUCAGUUCAUAGUAAGUUUAAGCCUGUGGGUGAUGGCAAUACCAUCGCUUUUGUGAAUCACAACAAAGAAGUCAACAACAGUCUGUACAGGGCCAAUAGCUCUGACAAUGUCUCGUUCUUCCCAUCUGAAUUGCCUGCAAGGCCUGUGAAAGGUAAUGGUGUUGCGAGUUCAGAUAGCGGGAGAAAUGGCAUGCUUACCAGGCCAGAUAGGGUGUUGAGAGAAAUAGUGUCCGAGUCGGUGCCUGUUAUGGCACAAUUGCUCCAUGACUUUCCCAAUGAAUCGUUGGAAGCACUGAGAGAGUGUCUUAGGAAUCUUAUGGAAGUACCAGAGAUGACGGAUGAGUUUGCUAGCCUGCAGAGGAAACUAGAGAGGAGAUCGGAUCUUACGUUAGAGAUCCUCUCGAAAGCACACAGGACACAGCUUGAAAUUUUGGUUGCUAUCAAAACUGGUAUUGUAUCCUAUGUCUCGGGAAAGAGCCGGAUCCCUACUAACGAGUUGGCUGAGAUUUUCUUGCUCAUGCGGUGCAGGAACGUGAAUUGCAAGAGCGUACUGCCUGUUGAUGACUGUGAAUGUAAGAUAUGUUCCAACAAUAAGGGGUUCUGUAACAGCUGCACGUGUCCUGUGUGUUUGAAGUUUGAUUGUGCUUUGAAUACAUGCAGUUGGGUUGGUUGUGAUGUUUGUUCUCAUUGGUGCCAUGCUGUUUGUGGCAUUGAGAAGAAUCUAAUUAGACCUGGCCCAAGCUCGAAAGGACCUAUAGGCAUGACCGAGAUGCAAUUCCAGUGCCUGGGCUGUGGGCAUGCUUCUGAGAUGUUUGGAUUUGUUAAAGAAGUAUUUAAUGAGUGUGCCAAGAAUUGGGGUCCUGAGACAUUGAUGAAAGAGCUGGACUGUGUUACGAAAAUCUUCCGUGCCAGUGAAGAUUUUGAAGGAAAGGGGCUUCAUGCAAAAGCUGAGGAGGUCCUCAACAUGCUCAUUAAAAAAGUAAUCUCCCCCAAGGACGCAUGUGCUAGCAUGCUGCAGUUCUUCAAAUACGGAGUCACAGAGUUCUCCGUUACUGGAAGCUCCUCCAAAAACAUACUUGCUCUAUCAACCCAGCAUGUAGAUACACCUCUUCCAUCCGCGGCAGCCAUCAAUGUGGCAAAAUCUACCAUCAACUUCAGCCCCGCCACUGCCAUGCUAGACAAACAGAUGGAUGCACUAAAAGCAGAUGCCAAACCUUUUGCGUUCGAACCCCAUUUCAGUUCGUCAAAGGAUGACGGAUAUAAGAGUUUGGAGACCAUCGUGAAAUGCAAAGAGGCAGAGGCGAAGCUCUUCCAGAAACUGGCAGAUGAUGCCAGGAGAGAAGUCGAGGGUUACCGCCAGAUAGUCCGUGCCAAGUCUGAGAAGUUGGAGGAAGAGUACGCCACCAAGAUUGCAAAACUGUGCCUGCAGGAGACCGAAGAGAGGCGUAGGAAGAAGCUGGAGGAACUGAAGUUUCUAGAGAACUCUCAUUGCGAUUAUCAAAACAUGAAGAUGAGGAUGCAAGCUGAGAUUGCAAAUUUGCUGGAACGGAUGGAAGCAACAAAGAAGAUGUGGGUGUAGCUUGUGCUCUUGUCAUCUGAGGGAGAUGCCUAGUUUGUAUAUUUUGAUCUUGGAUGCUUUAAGCUUACAAAACAAGAUCUCAUCUGCAACAAAUAUACGGUAUAUUAAGUUCUUACUUGUUUUGGUGUAUGCUUAAGUAGGCUUUGGAGAUCCCCGUCACGGUUCAACUGCUUGAUGUUUGCUCCCAGAACUUGUUUCAUUGUUUGAAUCUGUAAUUUAUGUACUUGUUCAUUGUGCA